GUUAAUGUUGAAUAAACAUUUUACAUUAAUGUAUACUAUGAUGUCUGAUAGACCAGUUGAUAAAUGUUUCUCCCUUUAAAUCUGGAAAGCGAGACGUUUUGUCUGACUAAGAUCCCCUCAUUCGAGGUGUUCAUCAAACUGCAGUGUAUCAUCAUAAACGAUCAUCAUCUAAUUGAUCUUGUCCUGAAGAAACCAUUCUACUUCACAAUUCAUUAUGGAGGGAGGAGAGAAAGCAGAUGAUACCGACAAAGAAUCAAUCGUCGAGAAAUUCAUUGAAGGGACUGAAUUGAAGCGAAGUCACCCACGGGAGACAUGGUCAAAUAAUUUGGACUUUAUUCUUACAUGUGUUGGGAUGUCAGUAGGUCUGGGCAAUCUGUGGAGGUUUCCAUAUCUGUGCUACAAAAAUGGAGGAGGUGCUUUCCUCAUUCCAUUCCUUACCUUCAUCGUGAUGGGAGGGGUACCAGUGUUUAUGCUGGAGUUGGGCCUCGGACAAUAUAUGAGUUUGUCGGGCUUUCAGGCGUGGAAAAUAUGUCCCCUAUUCCAAGGCAUUGGAAUAGCAAAUGUGAUCACGACUGCCUUCUGCAACAUCUACUAUAUUAUGGUACUAGCGUGGGCUGCCUACUACUUCGUUUUAAGUUUAACAUCUAUUCUUCCUUGGUCUAGCUGCAACAAUGAUUGGAAUACACUCAGGUAACUAGCGUUAGUAUACC